AAUACCACACCACUCGACCGUGUAUGCUGGCAACGUUUAGUCAUAUCAUCCAUCCUCUCUCGCGCGUUCGGUUCGGUUUCGGUUGGAGCUCCGUCCAAGUGCCCAAAAACGAGAGCUGGUUGGUGUUUGGUUCUUCACAAAGUGUGUUGUUCAUUCACUGCUAGAGAAACACGGAGAGACACCGCAGCGCCGCCACAGCACAGCACAAGUCGCAGCAGAAAUGAGUUUAAAUGGAAAACAUUAAUGUGCAGACGUCCGCGGUCGGAUAGAUUUUGUGUUUGGAUUUUGGUUUUAUUCUGUUUCGGUUUCCGGUAGAACAAAAAAAACAGUGUGUUGUUAGUACCCCCCUCUCACAAGACAGAAAACGCCAAACGAAGCAGCAAAGUGUUAAUCGAAGGAGGCGCCGCGAAGUGAAACUUGCAAAAAGUGACAGUAGCGCCGCGCAAGCAAUCAAAGGGGAGUGUAUGGUGUGGUUGAAUGUGUAGAAAUUACGAAAAUAUUUCAAUAAUGGCGCACGGACUUCACGCAAUGAUAAAAAGUGAAAUUGGAUGCAGCAGCAGCGGCAAGCCACGUCCCGGAGGUGGCAGCAGCGCCUCGGGAGGGGCCGCCGGAAAGAUGGGCUCGCGGAGGAUCUUCACGCCACAGUUCAAGCUGCAGGUGCUGGACUCGUACCGGAACGACAGCGACUGCAAGGGCAACCAGAGGGCCACGGCCCGCAAGUACGGCAUCCACCGGAGACAGAUCCAGAAGUGGCUGCAGGUGGAGAACAACCUGCGGUCGGCGGCGGCCAACAGUGCCAACGGAGGGGGUGGAGCGGGCAGCAGUAGCGGAUCUGCAAUGAAAAUCAAUCUACUAAGCAAUAGUGGCAAUCAUCAUCCGCCACAGUUUCAGCUUCAUCCGCAGCUCCACCACCAUCACCACCACAUGCACCAUCAGAAUCUGAAUUCCAUUGAACUAAAAGUGCCUAUGGACUCAACCAGACACCGCGUCGCUCCGAACGCCAGCUCCAACAACAACAACAACAACGGCAAAGAGAGCAGCGCCAGCGGUGCUUGUAUAAUAUCGCCCGUUCCUCACACUCACACAGUGCCAACGGGAGCGGCAGCGCCGCCAUCGUUCUCACAUCCACACGAAACUUCGUCGUCGUCAGCAAGUCUAUCGGUACUUAACGGCAAGUCCGCGGCGGCGGUGGCGCUGGCAGCGAGCCAGCAAGUGCCGCGGCCAACUUUUUCACCUGUCUCCGGUGGCGAAUAUCCAGACCGGCUCCACCUGCUCGACCAAUACUACCACUACGCCCGGUACGCGAUCGAUUGCCCGAUCGAUCUUUCGCUGCCGCAGCAGUUCCGCGGUGGCAAAGUGGAGCAGCAAGCCCUGUCACCCUGCUCGACGGCCUCCUCGGUGUACUCGUCGCGGCCGCGAUCUGCCACGCCACCAGUUCAGGACCAGGCUCAGGAAAACGCCGCCGUUGAUCUGUCCUGCCGGAAGCGCAAGUCCAGCGAGGACUCGUCCGACGGAGCCAGUGCGCCCAAGUCGGUCAAGUUGUUCAAGCCGUACCUGCUUGACGAAAAGGAGGAAGACAAGGAGGACAAGGACUCCCAGAUCGAUUCGCCGCUCCCAAAGGAAGUCGGGAGGCAUGACUACCCGCCAAUCAUCUGGAACUUUCAUGCCCAGCAGCGCUACUACGAGAGCCUGUACGGUAGCGAGUACGGCUCCGGAACCCCGUACGGAUACCCACCCAGUCCACCGUACCCGGUGACACCGAUCCCGCGAACCCCCUUCUCAACCCUGUCCCCUUCCCCGCCGUCCAGUAGCUGGGCACCCCCGCAGGCGUCACCCGUUUCCGGUUACGACAGUUCUACCUCGAUCUCGUCCGUGUACAGCCACGAUGGCAACGAGGACACCGCCGGCUACAGCUACAGCCUCGAGCUGAAGCAGCAGGCCAUCGACAGCUACUACCACGACGUCAGCUGCCGCGGAGACUUCCGGGCCGUCGCCUCCAAGUUCAACAUCCAGCGCAAGUACGUCGAGAAGUGGCUCGCGCAAGAGGACCACCUCGGAGCAAGCAACAGCCAACCUCCACCGCCACCGCUACCUCAAGUCGUGGUCGGGUAAGCCAUACACACGCCUCUAAUCAGAAGAGAGUGCAGACAGAGUUUAGGAUUUCCGUUUGUUUUUAACAAUUUCGAGUUAGAGUAUAGACAGAGAGAUAUACGAUUUAGUCCUGUGAUGUUUUCGUGUUUAAAUUCUUUUUAUCUGGCGCGGUCGGUGUCAGAGUGUCUCGACCAUCUAAUGGUCGAGUUCUUCGUUUUCUUUUCACCCGCGGGGGUUCCGCCCGAUCCGCCGGUGUCCACAGGGACUUGUUAAGAAACAACUGAAAUGUGAUAUUUAUAACCUAUACAUAUGCGUAUCGUGUAAGUUUGUCAGGAUUAGUAGCUGCUAGGAACAAACAUAAGUGUAGAGAUUUGUACAAAACAGAACAUGGAACACAACACGCCCACUCGUCGUUCUCGAAAAGGUUCCCGAAAGCUGCCCGCGCCGCUUGCGGAGCAGGUCUCCAAAAGUUACUUGUUUUUCGGAAUUUUCUCCCGCCAAAUCACUUGCAAAGCAAUGAAUAUGCUAAUUUCCGGAGUUUGGGCCCGGUCGAACCCGUCGGUGUCCCCUCUAAUUAGCGUAACAAUUGCCUUUUUAUUAGCUCUCGGUGCUCUCGGCCGGUGUUAAGCCGAGCUGCUAAUCCUCUUCGGGCGGUCCGUCUCGACGGCUCUCACAGGUGUCGAAUGCCUCCGGCCUGGGCUCCGCCCUCCGAAAAAAAAAAGAUUCGAGUCGGGAUCGCAGGUAGAUCCUUGCCGUCGUCGUCUCACACACAGGUGCCAUAUAAGUUUAGCCAAGUGCAAAAUCGGGGGCUGGAAUCCCGAAGUAGAAAAAGCAAGUCGGAUUCGGACCUCCUCGCAGGGGGUCAUAAAACCGAGACACCUUUCCUAAAUUGCGGGCCCAGCAAUAAGCCGUCGGAAAUUCCCAUAAUUCCUUCGCAGUUCUUGUUGUUACUGACGGUCUCGACGCGAAACAGCAGGCUGUGCUGCGACAUUCAAAAUGGCGACCGGCCGAGUAGGCGUUGAGUGGGACGCCGCGCAAAACAAAAUGGCCGCGCCUUGCGUCAACGUUGUUGCAUCAACCUAAAAUUAGGCGAUUGAACAAUCGCGGGCGCAACUAGGAAAAACGUAAAGGUGGCCCCACUAAUUGCUCACCUGCGUUGUCGUCACUUUUAUUUUUUUGCUGCUGCGAGCGAAGACGACACUCGGGGCAACAACAAAAAAAUGUGAUCAACCGUCGCGUAUUUCGCGAACUUAAAUUGCGCCAAUCCAAUCCGCGAUGAUUUCAGCGUUAUUUUGAGCGCCCAAACGCGGCCAACAUUCGGGAACCUUUUCGAAGCGAAGCAAGGCGGGCGUGUUUGUGUUUGUUACAAAGUAUAUCAACUGAUCAAAAUAGUAACGGUUAUAUCAAUCCUGCAAAUACUAACUGAUUUGUGAAUAUCAAGUGCCUAAUUGCGAGUAAAACAUUUGUAACAUUAAUGCGAAAAAAGGGAAGAAAACAACAAAGUAAAUCAAGUGCCAAUACAACAAGCAAAACAGCUAAUAAUAUCGUUAGAACAGUAGCAAUGAAGGUUAAGUAAGCUAACAAAGUAGAGUUAAACACAAAACACACAUCAUCAGCAAUAAUGAAAACAAAACAAACAAAUCAAAACGGCGAACACCGGCGAAGCCGAUUGUUCUCUCUUCCACACAAAUACACAUACAAACAAAAAACACACAUUUCAGCUUAUUACUAGCGCGUGAGACUAAUUUAACAAAAAAGUAUACGAGCAAUCAUCAAAUUCGUUUAAUUGUGUAAAUAGAUUUGUUUGAUUCGUGAACGAAAGAUUUCUUUGUUCGAGCAAGCAAGCAAAACAAAUUGUCAUAUUUUCGCCUCUCCCCCCCUCAUAAUUGUCAUAACUUAUCUAGUUGACUAGUGCGCAUCCAAGUAGACAUACACACACAGACUUUAAAUUUCGCGUAAGGUUACUUGUACUAAUUAUUAUUAUAUUAUAUUAUUAUUAUCAUUAUUAAAUAUCUAUGAGUAUCGCUAUGGUUAGGUUUGUAGUAGGCGCGCCGCAGAGUAAGGUAGAGAGAGAGUUUUUGAAGGCAGUUAAAUAUUUGAUUUUAUUUGUUUUUGUGUAAAUAAUACAAUUGGAACGAAAUUUUCCCAAGCAGCCAUAUUUGAGAGAGAGUAAAUCAGAGAUAUCAAUUGGAACUAAUAUUGUAAGCCUCCUUGUUGAAGAGUGGUAGUGCAGAGUAGUUUAGGAGGAGAACAAUUGCAAGCAAAAAGUACGGAAAAAUCAUAUUGUAUUUUCUAUUAUAUUAUACACGUGAAAGAAAGUUUUUAUUUGAGCCCCUAAAUAAAGAUGCGAAAUAUAUCUACAUUAUGAUAGUUGUAAAAACAUUAUCAUAAAUGAUUAUAAAACGAA